CUGCUCAUCUCUUUUCUUCAGCACAAAACAUACCGAGGCAGAAUCUGAAGCACCCCGAUGGCUCUACUUCCAGCACUGCGUUAUCUCCUCGUACGCUUGCACCCAACUUCCUCAACCCGCAAGAUUAUUGCUUCCUCCUCCUUGCCCAAGCUCUCAAUCCCACUUUCCAAAAAGUUGUCUUUUUUCUUCUCUUCCUACUCUACUCCCUCCCCCUGCCUCCAUGCCUCUCAUAGAGAACACACGUUUGUUUUGAAUAAAGAUGAGAGAUUGGUGGGAGAUGGAGUUGUGGGCUCUUAUGAACAGCAGCAGCAGCAUUUUGGGAACUCAACCACCAUAGCAGCCAUUGUUACCUCCUUGGGUGGUCCUCCUGCCGCUGUCGGGAUUGUCAGGUUAUCAGGGCCGUCCUCUGUGGCUGUCGUUGGGCGUUUGUUUCGUCCAAAGUCCAAAAGGAAAUGGAGAAGUUCAAUUUGGAGGCCUAAGAGCCAUUUCGUGGAGUAUGGUGAGGUCUUGGAUCUUCAAGGGAAUGUGAUUGACGAGGUUUUAGUGCUUCCAAUGCUGGCCCCAAAGUCAUACACUCGGGAAGAUGUGAUUGAACUCCAAUGUCAUGGAAGUGAAGUUUGUCUGCGCCGUGUAUUGAGGGCUUGUGUAGAAGCUGGAGCAAAGCUUGCAGAACCUGGAGAGUUCACACUUCGAGCUUUUUUAAAUGGUCGCUUAGAUCUCUCUCAAGCAGAAAAUGUGGAAAAACUUAUCUCAGCAAAAUCGGUGGUAGCUGCAGACUCUGCACUGGCUGGAAUACAAGGAGGUUUCUCUGCGAUGGUCCGAACACUAAGAAUGAACUGCAUUGAGUUGCUUACGGAAAUUGAAGCUCGUCUAGAUUUUGAGGAUGAGAUGCCACCCCUAGACUUAAAAUCUAUUGCAAGCAAAAUACACAUGAUGUUGCAAGAUGUGGAGAAUGCAUUAGAAACUGCCAAUUAUGAUAAACUUCUGCAAUCUGGGUUACAGAUAGCAAUUAUUGGUCGACCAAAUGUUGGAAAGUCUAGCCUUCUUAAUGCUUGGAGCAGAAGUGAGAGAGCUAUUGUUACAGACAUAGCUGGUACAACACGUGAUGUUGUAGAAGCCAGUAUAUCAGUUCGUGGAAUUCCUGUAACGCUUCUUGAUACAGCAGGUAUCAGGGAAACUGAUGACAUAGUGGAGAAAAUUGGUGUGGAAAGAUCAGAAGCAGUUGCUACAAGUGCUGAUGUUAUUAUCAUGACCGUAAGUGCAGCCGAUGGGUGGACUAUGGAGGACACCGUACUUCUUGAAAGGAUUCAAAGUAACAAGGGUGCAUCAGGAUCUACCUCUCCAAUAAUCCUUGUUAUUAAUAAAAUUGAUUGUGCCCCAACUACCUCCUACAAAUGGGACACUACAGCUACCUUUUUCAAUAAACUUAUUUUUACAUGUGCUGUCACUGGACAAGGGAUUACUGAUCUGGAGGCUGCCAUUCUAGAGAUUGUUGGUCUUAACACAAUUCCUGCAGGAGGUUGCAGAUGGGCCGUGAACCAGAGACAAUGUGAGCAGCUUGUUCGGACGAGGGAUGCUCUUGUUAGAUUAAAGUCGUCAAUAGAGGAGGAAAUUCCGCUAGACUUUUGGACAAUCGAUUUGAGGGAAGCUGCUUUGGCCCUUGGGCAGAUAAGCGGUGAAGAUAUUUCCGAAGAAGUUUUGUCUAACAUAUUUGGAAAAUUCUGCAUUGGUAAAUAGUUACUUUAGUCAAAAGUUAAAACGACAGAUUUGUCUCUUCAAACGUUUGCAUUUCUUGAAGCUUUCGAUAUAAACUUUGCGAUGAUAAUUAAAAAAAAAACACUAGGUUACAUUUUUUA